AUGCAGAAGGGAAUACGACUCAACGAUGGUCAUGUCACCUACCUGGGGCUUCUAGCGAAGAAGGAUGGUGCGAGGCGCGGGUGCCUGAGCAAGAAGAGCUCGGACACCACAAAAUGGCACACGAAGUGGUUCGCUCUGCUGCAGAACGUGCUGUUUUACUUCGAGAACGAGUCCAGCUCCCGACCCUCGGGACUGUACCUGUUGGAAGGCAGCGUCUGUGACCGGGCGCCGUCACCGAAGCCCUCGCUGUCGGCCAAGGAGGGCUUGGAGAAGCAGUACUAUUUUACCGUCAGCUUCACUCACGAAAACCAGAAGGCCCUCGAGCUGCGCACGGAGGACGUCAAGGACUGCGACGAAUGGGUGGCCGCCAUUUCCCAUGCCAGUUACAGAAACUUGGCGACUGAGCAUGAGUCGCUCAUGCAGAAGUAUCUUCACCUACUUCAGAUUGUGGAGACAGAGAAAACGGUUGCCAAGCAACUUCGACAACAGAUAGAAGAUGGGGAAAUAGAGAUCGAAAGGCUUAAGUCAGAGAUUGCUGGACUGCUCAAAGACAAUGAAAAGAUCCAGCCCGACGCUACGGCGCCCCCCAGCGACGACGACUCGGAGAUCAAGAAGAUCAAAAAAGUCCAGAGCUUCCUGCGAGGCUGGAUCUGCAGGAGGAAAUGGAAGACCAUCAUCCAGGACUACAUCCGCUCGCCGCAUGCAGAGAGCAUGAGGAAACGGAACCAGGUGGUGUUCAGCAUGGUCGAUUCGGAGGCCGAGUACGUCCAGCAGCUUCACAUCCUGGUGAACAACUUCCUGAGGCCACUGCGCAUGGCGGCCAGCUCUAAGAAGCCCCCCAUCACCCACGACGACGUCAGCAGCAUAUUCCUCAACAGUGAAACUAUCAUGUUUCUACACCAGAUAUUUUAUCAGGGCCUAAAAGCGAGAAUAGCAAGCUGGCCAACGCUGGUGUUGGCGGACCUCUUUGACAUCUUGUUGCCCAUGUUGAACAUCUACCAAGAGUUUGUGAGGAACCACCAGUACAGCUUGCAGAUCUUGGCCCACUGCAAACAGAACCGGGACUUCGACAAGCUGCUGAAGCAGUACGAGGCCAAACCCGACUGUGAAGAGAGAACCCUGGAGACGUUCCUCACCUACCCCAUGUUCCAGAUCCCCCGCUACAUUCUUACUCUCCAUGAGCUGUUGGCCCACACACCCCACGAACAUGUAGAGAGAAACAGUCUGGAUUAUGCCAAGUCGAAGCUGGAGGAGCUCUCCAGAAUCAUGCACGAUGAGGUGAGCGAGACGGAGAACAUCAGGAAGAACCUGGCCAUAGAGCGCAUGAUCGUAGAAGGUUGUGAGAUACUCCUUGACACCAGCCAAACGUUUGUAAGACAAGGGUCUCUCAUCCAGGUCCCGAUGAGUGAAAAGGGCAAGAUCACCCGUGGGCGACUGGGCUCUCUGUCUCUGAAGAAGGAGGGGGAAAGGCAGUGUUUCCUCUUCUCCAAGCAUCUGAUCAUCUGCACCAGGGGUUCUGGGGGAAAGCUUCAUCUCACCAAGAGUACUAAAUACAUACUUUUAUGUUGUCAGAAUGGAGUGGUCUCCCUCAUAGACUGCACUCUCAUGGAGGACCCGGAGGGGACAGAUGACGAGUCCAAAUCAGACAAGGGCGGCCAGGACAUGGAGCAUCUGGACUUCAAGAUAGUGGCAGAGCCUAAAGACAGCCAGUCAUUCACCGUCAUCCUUGUGGCCUCCUCCAGGCAGGAGAAGUCCGCUUGGACCAGUGACAUCAGCCAGUGCAUAGACAACAUCCGCUGCAAUGGGCUCAUGAUGAAUGCCUUCGAGGACAACUCCAAGGUCACUGUGCCGCAGAUGAUUAAGUCAGACUCGAGCCUGUACUGCGAUGAUGUGGACAUCCGCUUCAGCAAGAUGAUGAACUCCUGCAAGGUGCUGCAGAUCCGCUACGCCAGCGUGGAGCGCCUGUUGGAGAGGCUGACUGACCUCCGUUUCCUCUCCAUCGACUUCCUCAACACCUUCCUGCACUCCUAUCGGGUGUUCACCAGCGCCGACGUGGUGCUCGACAAGCUCAUCACCAUCUACAAGAAGCCAAUCAGUGCCAUUCCUGCUCGGUCCCUGGAGUUGUUCUUUGCCAGUAGUCAGAACAAUAAACUCCUAUAUGGAGAGCCUCCCAAGUCCCCCAGGGCCAGUCGAAAGUUCUCCUCCCCUCCUCCCUUGGCCAUUGCCAAAAAUACAUCCCCAAACCGCCGGCGUAAGCUCUCCCUCAACAUCCCCAUCAUUACUGGUGGAAAAGCUCUCGACUUGGCUGCCCUGAGCUGCUCCUCUAAUGGCUAUGCAAGCAUGUACUCCUCCAUGUCCCCAUUCAGCAAGACCUCCCUGGACAUCCACAAACUCUACGUGUCCAGCUCUAUCACCAGCAAAAUCCCAGAUGAGGGGGAAGGCAAAGCAGACAAGCUAGAGGAAACUCCUGUGUGCAAACAAGAUCUCUCUGUACGGGAAGAAAGCGACAAUGACCAAAACCAGAGUGACGACGCAGACCCGGAAAGCUCUCCCACCAAGUCACCCACCACCCCCAAAAACAUCAAGUGCACAAACUCCUCAGAGUUUUCACUGUUCUCCUACAACAACGGCAUGGUGAUGUCGUCCUGUCGAGAGCUGGACAACAAUCGCAGCGCACUGUCUGCAGCCUCCGCCUUUGCCAUAGCUACAGCAGGAGCCAACGAGGGCACACCUACCAAGGAAAAGUAUCGACGCAUGUCCCUCGCCAGCACAGGCUUCCCGACAGAUCAGAGAAAUGGAGACAAGGAGUUUGUCAUCAGAAGGGCAGCGACCAACAGGGUCCUGAAUGUCCUGAGACACUGGGUGUCCAAACACUCUCCGGACUUUGACAGUAACAAUGAGCUAAAGUCAAAGGUUAUUGCCUUCUUGGAGGAAGUGAUGCAUGACCCUGAGCUCUUAACCCAGGAGAGGAAGGCCGCAGCCAAUAUCAUUAGGACUCUCACUCAGGAAGACCACAGUGACAAUCAGAUCAGCCUCGAAGAGGUGAUACAGAUGGCAGAGGGAGGCAAGGCUGAGCCCUUCGAGAACCACUCCGCUCUGGAGAUCGCGGAGCAGCUGACCCUGCUGGACCACCUGGUCUUUAAGGUCAUCCCGUACGAAGAGUUCUUCGGACAAGGCUGGAUGAAGAACGACAAAAGUGAAAGGACGCCGUAUAUCAUGAAAACGACAAAGCAUUUCAACGACAUAAGCAACCUAAUUGCCAUGGAAAUCCUGCGCUGUGAUGACACGGCCACACGGGUGGCGGCCAUCGAGAAAUGGGUGGCCGUGGCCGACAUCUGCCGCUGCCUCCAUAACUACAACGCCGUGCUGGAGAUCACCUCCUCCCUCAACCGGAGCUCCGUCUUCCGCCUAAAGAAGACUUGGCUCAAAGUCUCCAAGCAGACAAAAGCGGUCAUCGACAAGCUACAGAAGUUGGUCUCAUCGGAGGGGAGGUUCAAAAACCUGAGAGAAGCUUUGAAGAACUGUGAUCCUCCCUGUGUGCCAUAUCUGGGGAUGUACCUUACUGAUCUGGCUUUCAUUGAGGAGGGCACACCGAACUACACAGAGGACAACUUGGUUAACUUCUCAAAAAUGAGGAUGAUUUCCCACAUCAUCAGGGAAAUCCGACAAUUCCAGCAAACAGCCUACAAGAUUGACCAUCAGCCAAAGGCGGCCCAGUAUCUGCUUGACAAGAGUUCUGCACUGGAUGAGGAGAGCAUGUAUGAAGCCUCGCUCAGAAUCGAGCCUAAAGUGGCCAACUGA